AUGGCGAUUUCAAUGGGGAACCCUACACCUAUCGUUCCACAACGCGAGCCGAACCCGACAUCCGCAGAAACAGCCGCGGCCGUGCAGAAACGCUUCCUGCACGCAUACAGCGUGUCCUGGGGAUCCUUAGGGAUACCCCCAACCACGUCACCAUCUCCAAACGGGUCCGAAACUACCGCGUUCGUGGACAUGGCGCCCAGCAAGGGAGCCUGUGCGAUCCCAGCGAAGCACCUUCGAGCAUCUUCGACCACUACCAGGCCAAGUCCAGGUCCACUAGGCAUCCACCAGGUCCAAUCCAGGUCCACCAGGUCCAGUACGUCCACGCUAGGCCUACUCCAGGUCUACUACGUCCAUCCUAGUCCACAAGGGUCCACCAAGCCUCCACCAGGCGUACUCCAGGUCCAACAGGUCCGCACCAGGUCCGCUCCAGAUCCUCCAGGCCCAUACGAGGUCCGCUCCAGGUCCACCAGGUCCACCCUAGUGCCUUUGAGGCCUUCCCUGCUGGACAGCCAGGUGUCCUUCCAUAAUUACCAGCAUCAAGGACCACCGUCCCAACCUGGACCUCCUACACCGCAGAGCUCUACGCCAAGCACCGUCGAGCUUGUGCAGGCUUUGACCCUAGCCAAUCAAGCUCAACCGAAUACCAGUACCCGUCCGGCCCCAAGCCAACCUGCUGCAGGUCCGAGCCAGACCUCAGCCAGGGCUCCAGCCCAGCCACCGAGGCAGUGA